AGGAUCGCGUUGUCACUGCCGGUGUUCAUACAGUUCCCAAACUAAUAUAUAUUAAUAUUAUUAUUAGGCCUUACUUCGACUUUUUGAUCUAAAUAAUCUAAAGUUAAGUUAUUAACUAUACUUAUCAAUAAAUUCUUAUAUAAACUGUAAGCUAAUUAUGAGAAGCAACACAAGUAACUCCUAAACAAGUUAUAGCAAUUUUUCUAGUGAAAGGCGAAUGUAGAAUAUUCACGUGAGGCAGCAAAUGCAACGCGAAAGUAGGUUAACAGUGUUCAAAUUCAAUAACAAAUGCAUCCAGUUAUACUGUUCAAAUAGUUUAAUAUUGCCUUCGGAAUCUUAAGUAUAUAAUAUUAGCAAAAUCAACAUGCUUACUGCAAAGAUGUUUGUAAGAAACUGUUACUUGCUACGAAGUGUUCACAGAGCUAGCAUGUUUACCAUGCAGCACAGGAAAAGUUCGUCUUAUGAACCUGAAUAUUUAGAGCUUUUAAAGCCCUCGGUGCCACUGUAUGAGGUUCUCAAUGUCCAGGUGAAGGGCCAUGACUUUGCUGUCCUGGAGCAGUUUGCUAAGUAUGUACACAACAUAGCUUUGAAAAUGGAUAUUGAAGUUGAAGACAGGUGUCAGGACUUUCAGCAACUUUAGCUCCAACCUUCCUGGAAGUGAUUCAAAAGUCACUACCAGAGGGAGUGAAUCUUUGUGUUCAGUUUCACAAACAGGAGUUUGAUGAAAUGCGCUACAUUCCUGAUUUACAACUGGAAGACUUUAAACGGCAACUAGAUGAGAUAAGAAAUCCAAAAAUCCAGGCAGGAAAAAAGAAAUGAUUGUAUAAAUAAAACUGUGUAACUAUUUGACUUUGUAGAUAUUAUUUAGGAUACAAAUCAAUUUAUUUAAGAAAACUUUUUUCUGUAAUGUGUAAUAAAGCUCAACAUGUGCAAGAAUGA